CUCCUGGCCACUCUAGACCACACCCACACGGACACGGCCACACCACCAGUAGUGUGCACUAGUGCUCCACUCGCUAGUCUAGAGUCUAGACUACUCCCAGUCGAGGCAAUGGACUCCUCUUCCAGCAGCUUCCGCCUCAGAGACGCUCUGAUCCUGCUUCUGCUGGCGUUUCUCAGCAUGGCACGGCACGCCACGGGAGCCGCGGCCAGCCCAGGCAGCAGGAGGCUCAUGGAGCUGUACAAGCCGCCGCCCAGCGACCUCCUACGGUACCACGACGGCGCCGUGCUGAGCGGCGACAUCCCCGUCUCCGUGCUCUGGUACGGCCGCUUCACGCCCGCGCAGAAGGCCAUCGUCACCGACUUCCUCCUCUCCCUCUCCUCUGCCCCGCCGCGGGGGUCACCGUCGUCGUCCCCGGCCCCGUCCGUUGCGCAGUGGUGGAGCAACAUCAACCAGCUCUACCUCUCCAAGGCGGCGACCGUCAGCAAGAACGGCGCACACGGCGGCGGCGGCAAGAACGCGCGGGUGGUCCUGGCCGCCGGCCAGGUCUCGGACGAAGGGUGCUCGCUGGGGAAGAGCCUGACGCUCGCCCAGCUCCCGGCGCUGGCGGCACGCGCCGCGGCCGCGAAGGGCGGCGGGCUCGCGCUGGUGCUCACGGCGCAGGACGUGGCGGUGGAGGGCUUCUGCAUGAGCCGGUGCGGCCACCACGGGUCCAACGGCGGCUCGCGCGCGUGGGCGUGGGUCGGGAACCCGGCCACGCAGUGCCCCGGGCAGUGCGCGUGGCCGUUCCACCAGCCGGCGUACGGGCCACAGGCGCCGCCGCUGGUGCCGCCGAACGGGGACGUGGGCAUGGACGGCGCGGUGAUCACCGUGGCCAGCAUGGUGGCCGGCGCGGUCACCAACCCGUUCGGGGACGGCUUCUACCAGGGCGACCGCGGCGCGCCGCUGGAGGCCGCCACGGCGUGCGCGGGCGUGUACGGCACGGGCGCGUACCCCGGGUACGCCGGGCAGCUGCUGGUGGACGCGGCGACGGGCGGCAGCUACAACGCGCACGGCGCGCGCGGGAGGAAGUACCUGCUCCCCGCGCUGUACGACCCCGACACGGGUGCCUGCUCCACCUUGGUUUGAAGAAAGGGACGCGCGGCGGCGCCGUGGCUUGGCAUGCGUCACCGUCAGUGGGUGAUACAGUGAUGAUAAUGCGCCUGUGUUUGUGUAUUACCAACUCAGCGUAUGUAUAUACGGAGUAGUAUUUGACGGUUGGGUAACUGUGAAGUAAGUACUCUGUUUCGUGAAGUUUGUUCUGUCUGCCUCAUCAUAAAAAAAGAGAGAUAAAUCAGUCGACUUUACUCUAAAAAAA